AUGAUGUUGACUUCCGUCCUGUUGGGCCUCUUUACUGCCGGGGUGGUCGUCGCUCAGAAGGCCUGCCCGGGCUAUCGUGCUAGCAACGUCCAGCAGACUGCGAAUGGCUUGACAGCUGAUCUCAAUCUCGCCGGGCCCGCCUGUAACAUCUAUGGCACCGACUUACAUAACCUUACCCUCACCGUGGAGUAUCAAUCUGCUUCGAGGCUCCAUGUCAUCAUCGAGGACCAGAACAAGACCGUCUAUCAGGUUCCGGACUCGGUUCUUCCUCGCCCAAAUGCCACAGAUGGUGCUACAGCCUCCAAUGCUCAGCUUGUGUUUGACUACACGGAGAACCCUUUCAGCUUCUCUGUGUCUCGGCCAUCAGGAGAGGUGCUUUUCAACACGUCCGGAUCCCCCAUCGUCUUUGAAUCGCAAUAUCUCAGACUCCGGACCUCUUUGCCUAGCCAUCCGAAUCUAUACGGGCUCGGUGAGCACUCGGAUCACUUCAGGUUGAACACUUCCAACUAUACCCGGACUCUGUGGUCACGCGACGCCUACGGAAUCCCUCCGGGUACCAAUUUGUACGGAAAUCACCCAGUCUACAUGGAUCACCGAGGGUCGAACGGCACGCAUGGUGUGCUGUUCUUGAAUUCGAACGGUAUGGAUAUCAAGAUUAACGACACCGCUGGUCAAUACCUGGAAUAUAACACCCUCGGGGGUGUCCUCGACUUCUACUUCCUGGCAGGACCCUCUCCCAUCGAAGUCUCCGAGCAAAUCUCCGAAGUCGUUGGCAAGCCGGCAAUGAUGGCGUAUUGGACCUUCGGAUUCCACCAAUGCAGAUAUGGCUACAGAGAUGUUUGGGAAGUGGCCGAAGUUGUGUACAAUUAUAGCGCCGCCAACAUUCCCUUGGAGACCAUGUGGACGGACAUUGACUAUAUGGACGCCCGAAAGGUCUUCACUUUGGAUCCACAACGUUUCCCUCUGCAUAAGAUGCGCGAACUGGUAGCAUACCUCCACGCCCAUCAGCAGCAUUAUAUCAUGAUGGUGGAUCCAGCAGUCGCAUAUCAGAAUUAUUCGGCGUUCAACAACGGCAAUCAUUCUGAUGUCUUCAUGAAGAGAGCCGAUGGAUCCGUAUUUGAGGGCGUGGUCUGGCCCGGCCCAACCGUUUUCCCAGAUUGGUUUCAUCCAGAUACCCAGGAUUAUUGGAAUGGCGAGUUUGCAUCGUUCUUCAGCCCCGAGACUGGGGUAGACAUAUCUGGACUUUGGAUUGAUAUGAACGAAGCCUCAAACUUUUGCAACUAUCCAUGUUCAAACCCAAGCGCAUUUGCUCAAGAAAAUGGCUUCCCGCCAAAGCCACCAGCGCUGCGAAGUGGUCCGGAUAUUGCCCUCCCCGGGUUUCCUGCGGAUUUCCAACCACCAUCAAAUUCCAAGCGACAAACCCCAGCUACAGGCAACAUGCUAGGUCUUCCGGGCAGGGAGCUCAUCAACCCUCCUUAUAUGAUACAGAAUGCUGCGGGUAGCCUGUCAAACAAGACAUUGAACACAAAUCUUGUUCAUUACAAUGGAUUGGUUGAGUACGACACACACAACAUGUACGGGACUAUGAUGUCCUCGACUUCACGCAACGCACUUCUCAAUCGACGUCCGGGUGAGAGACCAUUGGUUAUCACUCGCAGCACCUUCCUUGGAGCUGGCGCCCAUGUCGGCCAUUGGACAGGGGACAACGUUUCCGACUGGGAUGAUUACGAGAUCAGUAUCUCGGAUAUGUUGAACUUUGCAUCCAUCUUCCAACUUCCAAUGGUCGGCAGCGAUGUCUGCGGUUAUAGUACUAACUCUAGCGAACGGCUCUGUGCGCGCUGGAUGAUGUUAGGAGCUUUCCAGACGUUCUAUCGCAAUCAUAACGAAGCCGGAAAUCGACCUCAAGAAGCAUACCGUUGGCCAACCACAGCACAAGCGUCGAGAAACGCCAUUGACAUUCGCUACCGUGCUCUCGACUAUCUCUAUACUGCUUUCUGGACCCAGACGCAAACAGGAAAGCCUGUGUUGAACCCUAUGUUCUACCUUUAUCCCCAAGACUCGAAGACUUUUGGCAUCGAUGCCCAAUUCUUCUUCGGGGAUUCAUUGCUGGUGUCUCCAGUCACGGCUGCGAAUAAAACCACAGUACAGAUUUAUCUGCCUGACGACAUAUUCUACGACUGGAACCAUGGGUUCAGCCCGGUGCAAGGUAAUGGGUCGAUGGUUACCUUGAACAACGUCAGCUUCACCACCAUUCCCCUCCAUGUUCGCGGCGGUGCAAUCCUCCCUCUUCGAGUGCAAAGUGCAAACACUACAACAGAGUUGCGUACGAAAGGAUUCCAUCUCUUGAUCGCACCGGGCACUGAUGGAACGGCUAAUGGGUCGCUCUACAUUGACGACGGGCUUAUGAUUGAGCAACCCAGCACAACAUUCAUCAACUUUACAUACACCGACGGAGCUUUCUCGAUGUCCGGAAACUACAGCUAUCCAGCAAAUGUCAGUAUCGAACAGAUCACUGUUUGUAACGUGGGGUCGGCGCCACAAAGCCUAAACAUCCCUGGUGCCCAGAAUUCGACCUUCUCAUAUAACAAUGCAACCAUGGUUGUCACAAUCAACACCAGCAUCCCGUUGACCCAGGAUGCUAGCUUCCAGCUGCCGGCACCACAGACUUAA